CUUCACAACUGCCCAAUCAUAUGCCGGCUUGACAGUCCGAGAGCCAAUCCGAGCGCAGGAGGCGGGAUGUCCUGGUAUACGGGUGCAAAAAAAUAACGUACUCCAAAUGGUUAAUUUUUUUCUCUCCCUCGUAAUAAAUCAAUCAGGCUUUUGCGAAUGUUUUGCUCACGUUCUCAAAGACGGCUGAAAAGAAACUGCAGGAACCUUCACCUUCACAUUCAGCAUGGGCUCUAAGCGGAGGAGGGCCACCUCCCCGUCCAGCAGCGUGAGCGGUGGAGACUUUGAAGACAGCCAGCCGGCGCCGACCUCCUCGUCCAGCCGCAAGAGAAGAAGAACAGCGAACAUUCCUACGGUUGAUCCUAUAGCAGUGUGUCAUGAACUUUACAACACUAUCAGAGACUAUAAGGAUGACCAGGGCAGGAUGUUGUGCGAACUCUUCAUCAGAGCGCCAAAGAGGAGGAACCAGCCCGAUUACUACGAUGUGGUGUCACAGCCUAUCGACAUGAUGAAGAUCCAGCAGAAGCUGAAAAUGGAGGAGUACGAUGACGUGGAGCAGCUCACGCUCGAUUUCCAGCUUCUCUUUAACAACACUAAGACCUACUACAAACCUGAAACCCCAGAAUACAGAGCUGCUUGUAAGUUAUGGGACCUUUACAUUCGCACCAAGAAUGAGUUUGUGCAGCGAGGAGACUAUGACGAAGAUGAUGACGACGGUGACGAUGCGCGAGAAACUCCAGGAGGUGCCAUGGAAGACGAGGCGAGAGUGGACAGAGAACAUUUUCAAAUUGUGCUUAAGAUGAUGCGAAUAAAACAGUGCCGUGUGAGCUUGAGUAACGAGUUGUGUCCGGUUCUUCCUCAGGCUGCAGCCAGUCUUAAGGAGGUUCUGGAGCAGCUGCUCGACACGGUGUUGAAACACGGUGAACACGGACGACUAGUCAGCGAACUCUUCCAGAGACUUCCUUCUAAAAUACAAUAUCCUGAUUAUUACGCUAUUAUCAAAGAGCCAAUAGAUCUCAAGGCCAUUGCACAAAGGAUACAGAUUGGCUACUACAAAAGCGUGAAUCAUAUGUCCAAGGACAUUGACCUGCUAGUCAAAAAUGCUAAAACAUACAAUGAACCUGGUUCCCAGGUGUUCAAGGAUGCAAACACGAUCAAAAAGGUAUUUUCUCAGAGGAAGAUGGAGCUCGAGCACAUGGAGCCUAUAAAAAGCAGCAUCCGCAUCAGGUUAGUUCCUCCAAACACGUGUUUCUUCUCUACCUGUAAUGCAGGAAGCCGACAGAGACUGAGCGGUGCAGAAAACUUUGUAUGCAAUAGUGUUUGGUUUUGUUUUGGCUUAAUUAGGAACAGAAAAUCUGUGCACGGAGACAGACUCUCCUCAAUUACCAUGGCUUUACAGUACGGUUCAGAGAGUGAUGAAGAUGGCAUCCUUACAGGCUCUGUGCAUUAUGACGAGGGCGAAUCAGAGGCUGAGAGCAUCCACUCCAACAUGGACAUGUCCAAUCCCAUCUUCCAGAUGUACGAGGCUAUACGAGGCGGCAGGAACAGUCAAGGGCAGCUCAUAGCUGAGCCUUUUCUUCAGCUGCCCUCCAGGAAGGACUACCCAGACUACUACCAGCAGAUUAACCAGCCCAUCUCCCUCCAGCAGAUUCGCGAUAAGAUGAAGAACAAUGAAUACGAGAGCGUGGAGCAGAUGGACGCUGAUCUGAAUUUGAUGUUUGAAAACGCAAAGCGCUACAACGUCUCCAACUCCCACAUCUACAAACGGGCUCUGAAACUGCAGCACAUUCUUCAGCUGAAAAGGAAAGAGCUAGGAAGGCGAGAAGAUGAGGAUGGCGACAGUAUGCUGUCCUCCACCCUGUCAGAUGGCAGCACCACCAAACGCAAGAGUUAUAAAAAGAACACAAAGAAGAACCGUUUGAAGUCUCUGUACCAGGCCGUGACUGAGGCUCGAGAACUGGGUACCGGUCGUAGACUCUGUGACUUAUUCAUGGUCAAACCUUCUAAGAAAGACUAUCCAGACUACUACAAGAUCAUACUCGAGCCCAUGGACCUGCGCACUAUAGAACACAACAUCCGCGCAGACAGAUACGCCAACGAGGAUGCCAUGGUGGAGGACAUGAAGCUGAUGUUCCGCAAUGCCAGACACUACAAUGAAGAAGGCUCACAGGUGUAUAAUGAUACUAACACUCUGGAAAAGAUUAUGCGGGAGAAAAAGCGAGAACUCGGGCCUGCACCAGAAGACGAAGACAUCAUCUCACCAAAACUCAAAAUAAGAAAGAGUGGCAUCUCCCCAAAGAAGUCCAAAUACCUGACGCCUCUGCAGCAGAAACUGAACGAGCUCUAUGAGGCGGUGAAGAACUACACAGACAAGCGAGGCCGUCGCCUCAGCACCAUCUUCCUGCGUCUGCCGUCCCGAUCCGAACUGCCGGACUACUACCUGGCCAUCAAGAGGCCUAUAGACAUGGAGCGGGUCAAAAGCCACAUGCUGGCCAACAAGUACCAGGACGUGGACGCUCUAGUUGAGGACCUUGUGCUGAUGUUUAACAACGCGUGUACCUAUAAUGAGCCUGAGUCGCUCAUCUACAAAGAUGCUCUGGUGCUUCACAAGGUCCUUCUGGAGACCAGGAGGGACUUGGAAGGAGGUGACGACUCCAACGUUCCAGACGUGCCUCGCCUCAUCCAGGACCUGAUUCGCAGCCUCUUCGUUUCAGUUCUGGGUCACCAGGAUGACGAAGGUCGUUGCUAUAGUGACUCGUUGGCCGAGGUCGCAGCCGAGGACCCAGCCAAUCCCGACAGGCCUCGGCUGAACUUCGAGAUCGUACGGGCUAAUGUGGAGAAAGGGUGCUACAAGAGGUUGGAUGUCUUCCAGGACCACAUGUUUGAAGUGCUAGAGAAGGCCAGGAGAAUGCAUAGGACGGACUCUGAGAUCUUUGAGGAUGCGGUAGAGCUACAGCACUUCUUAAUCCGGAUCAGAGAUGAACUGUGUAAGAACGGAGAGAUCCUGCUCAGCCCGGCACUCAGCUACACCUCCAAACACUUGCACAGUGAUGUGGAGAAGGAGAAGAAAGAGAAGCUGCCCAGAGAGUUUGAGGAAGACAAGCUCAAAAGGGAGGAGGAGAAAAAAGAAGCAGAGAAAAGUGAGGAAUCAUCUGCCGGGACUUGGCAGGGAGGCCUCCAGCGCACCUACAGCCAGGACUGCAGUUUUCGUGACAGAAUGUAUCACGUAGGGGACUACGUCUAUGUAGAGCCUGCUGAGGCGAACCUCCAGCCCCACAUCGUCUGCAUAGAGCGCCUGUGGCAGGACGACACAGGAGAGAAAUGGCUUUAUGGCUGCUGGUUUUACAGACCCAAUGAGACUUUCCAUCUCGCCACACGCAAAUUUCUGGAGAAGGAAGUCUUUAAAAGCGACUACUACAAUAAAAUUCCCGUUAACAAAAUUCUGGGCAAAUGUGUUGUCAUGUUUGUUAAGGAAUACUUCAAGCUCAGCCCCGAGGGCUUUAGACCCGAGGACGUGUUUGUCUGCGAGUCCCGUUACUCAGCCAAAACCAAGUCGUUCAAAAAGAUCAAGAUGUGGACCAUGCCUCUGAGCUCGGUCAAGUUCAUCCCUCGGGACGUGCCGUUGCCGGUGGUCCGGGUGGCGUCCAUGUUUGCACCGAAACCAGAAAGCGAGAAAGCUGCCGAGCCGACAGAGGACAACAAAAUUGUAGCCUCGGUUAUUGAUAAGGAGAAGGAGGACGUCCCUGUGGAGAUGAGCAACGGUGAGCCGGGCUGUCAGUAUUACGAUCAGCUCUGCUAUAACGACAUGUGGCUCAAAGUGGGAGACUGCGUCUACAUCCGCUCUCACGGCCUAGUGCGCCACCGUGUGGGCAGGAUCGAGAAAAUGUGGGUACGGGACGGGGCCGCCUACUUUUUCGGGCCCAUCUUCAUCUAUCCCGAGGAGACCGAACACGAGCCCACCAAGAUGUUCUAUAAAAAAGAGGUGUUUCUAAGCAAUCUCGAGGAGUCCUGCCCCAUGACCUGCAUUACUGGGAAGUGCGCAGUGUCUUCAUUUAAAGACUACCUGUCGUGCCGUCCGACCGAAGUGCCUGAAGAUGACGUGUUGCUGUGUGAGAGUCGCUACAUUGAGAGCGAGAAGCAGAUGAAGAAGUUUAAAGGGCUGAAGCGAUUCUCUCUCUCCGCCAAAGUAGUGGAGGAUGAAAUCUAUUAUUUUAGGAAGCUGAUCGUGCCUCAGAAGGAACCGUCUCCACUGCUGGACAAGAAGAUCGAGGAGCUGGAGGCCAAGUUUGCCGACAUGACAGACGAAGAGCUGGAAGACCUGGGUGAUGACGAUGGGGAUGGCUUGGACGGCCAGGGAAUGUCUCAGCUCCAGACGCCGCUACACAGCGAUCUGGACAUGUUGUCAUACACACCGAUACAGUCCACACCAAAAUCCUUUAAGGGCCUGUCAAAGAAGGAGGGCGCGAAGAGGAAGAUCAACAUGAGCGGGUAUAUCCUGUUCAGCAGCGAGAUGCGGGCGGUGAUCAAGGCCCAGCACCCGGACUUCUCUUUCGGUGAGCUCAGCCGUCUCGUGGGCACCGAGUGGAGAAAUCUGGAGUCGGCCAAGAAAGCUGAGUAUGAAGAAAGGGCAGCCAAAGUGGCGGAGCAGCAGGAGCGCGAGAGAGCGGCUCAGCAGCAGAACUCCCCGAGAGCAGGUACCCCAAUAGGGGCGCUUAUGGGGGUGGUGCCCCCUCCGAGCCCUAUGGGGAUACUUAACCACAGCAUGACGCCUAUGGCAGGCAUGAUGGGUAGCCUUCUUCGGCCACCCAUGCUGCCGCUGCCAGGUCCAAUUGAUGGCUUUGUUAGCAUGGCUGGCAUACCGCCGCAUUUGCUGCCUGUCUUACACCGCCAUCUCCCGUCGGGCAUGUACAGCUUCCCUGGCAUGCCGUACCUGGGUAUGAAUGGAAUGGGCCCUGGAUCUGCAGGAAACCCCUAUGGAGCCCAGACAGGCAUGAUCGGGGCCAAUCAACAGGCCCCGCCCCCUUACCCAGGACAAGGCCAGGUAGGCCAGCCCUCCCUCCAACAGCCCUCCACCCCGAUAUUCGUGGCUCCUCCACCGAAACCACAACGGCUCCUCCACUCUGAGGCCUACCUGAGGUACAUGGAGGGGCUCAACGCAGAGUCGUCUACUGUCAGCAAAUGGGACCAGACAUUGUCAGCUCGAAGGAAAGACGUACGCCUCACGAAAGAACAGGAGAGCAGACUUCCGUCUCACUGGCUGAAGAGCAAAGGGGCGCACAGCACCAUGGCCGACGCCCUGUGGCGACUGAGAGACCUCAUGUUAAGAGACACACUAAACAUCAGACAAACAUACAACAUCCAAAACAUCUAAACCAGUACAGAAGUGCCACAGCGGCAUUGCACAUAUCAGUCUCCUAAUCCACCUGACUAGACUCAUCGGCUUUAACAUCAAUCUGGAUAAGCUGAAUCGCGAGGCUUCACGUGAAGGAAACAGUAAACUGUGGUACUCUGAGACCCGACCCGAUUAAUCAAAACCAUUCCUGUUCAUUCACUAACACAAGCGUCACCUUUAGAGUUCGAAUGUGUUGUUUUGUAAAAGGUCCACCGUAGUCCUUUGUUUUCCUGUGUGUGUGUGUGUGUGUGUGUGUGUGUGUGUGUGUGUGUGUGUGUGUAAUUUGACUCCUAGCACUUUGAAUGAAUUUGUGUUUUAGUUUGAUAUUAACUGUUGCUCUAAGAUAGAGAUUUUCAUUGAAUCUUCUACGACUGUUGAUGCCUUCAUUUUCCAUGCACCAUUUAUAAGAUAGAGACUUUCAUACAGUGUUACGAAACAGUUGUCGAUUACUUUAUUUGUUUUGUAUCCUUGGUUAGGAAAGUAAAAUCGUCUUAAUGUUGCCUGUGAGCAUUUUGAAUGCAGCUUUAGUUCAGUAAAGUGGUUCCCUACCAGAAGUAGGUGGGUUGUUUUUUUUUUUUGUUUUUUGGUGUUGCUGUUUUCACAAGAAGGGGUGACCUUCUUAUAUUUUCAUUUAGAUGAGCUUUAAAGAAUUUCAUACAGCGAAUAUCUGCUGCUGAACCAGUGCUUCAAUAAAACUGCCAUUCACAGUG